AAAAUGGCUGGGAAAUGUAAAGAGUGAGUCGUGAAGCGAUUCGAGUUUGUUUGAAUGAAAGUCUGUGUUUUUAUCUCGCCACCUUGUUGUUUGUUAUGAAAAUGUUUCCUGGUGUCCGGUGUCACACAAACCUUUCUGGCCUCUUCAGACAUUCAGCUACACUGGAACAUGUCUGCUAAUGAGCCACUGAUCAGCACUUAAAUUAUGCUUUAGUCUACUAAAGCCUGACUUGUCAGGUUUUUAAGAUGUCGUGGAUCCGUGAAGGAGAACUAAGUUUUCUUGAAAGGCUUUCUGCCAAUAUCCUAAAGGCAGGACCGAUGCCCAGACAUGUGGCCUUCAUCAUGGACGGGAACCGACGUUAUGCACGUAAGCGACACGUGGAAAGAAAAGAGGGCCAUACUCAGGGCUUCGACAAGCUGGCUGAAACGCUUCGCUGGUGUCUAAACCUGGGCAUCCACGAGGUAACGGUGUAUGCCUUCAGCAUAGAGAACUUCAAACGCUCUAAAGAGGAAGUGGACGGCCUGAUGGAGCUGGCUAAAGAGAAGUUCCUCCGGCUGUUAGAAGAGCAAGCGAAACUUGAGGAGCACGGCGUGUGUAUUCGGGUGUUGGGAGACCUCACGUUACUGCCUGAAGAUCUCCAGCGCCUCAUUGCCAAAUCCGUGGUUUCAACUAAAACACACAACAGGUGUUUUUUGAAUGUUUGCUUUGCGUAUACCUCAAGAUAUGAAAUCACAAACGCAGUCAGAGAGAUGGCUUGGGGAGCUGAGCAGGGCCUCAUAAAGUCCAGUGAUGUAUCAGAAGCGCUGUUGAGUCAGUGCCUGUACACCAACAGCUCUCCCAACCCUGAUCUCCUGAUCCGCACUUCUGGAGAGGUGCGCCUCAGUGACUUCCUGCUCUGGCAGACGUCCCACUCUUGCAUAGUGUUCCAGUCUGUUCUCUGGCCAGAAUACUCUUUUUGGAAUCUCUGUGAGGCGGUUUUACAGUACCAGCUGAAUUACCGCUCUAUCCAGAAAGCGCGGGAGCUGCACAGAGAGGCUGAAGCGGUGCAGCAGCUGGAGUCUGAUCGCUCGUGUGUAGCCGAACUUCUUCAUCAGGGUGGAAAUGGCAAACCCGUGGACGCCCGCUCCCGUCAUGCAGCACUUCUGAGCUACACGGCCAGCCGAGAGGAGAGAGUGCGCCGCUUCCUCGGCGCCCUUCAGCAGAAAAGAGACACUUUCUUUGAGCAUUUGAGCAGCCCGACUGCUGUCGCUUAAGCUUCGGUUGUUAGAAAUGAUCCAGUCUUAGAGCGCUUUAACUGCUUCCAACACGUCUGAUUCGGUUUGCCGGCUAAUUCCGAACCCCUUGAGUUUAAUCAGUUGUCAGAUCAGGGAAGCACUGUGUAGGGCUGUGGUGCUGGAUACAACAUGGCUGCCUGAGGAUGUGGUCCUAAAGCCAUGAGAAUGAAAAGAUUUUUAUAUUUACUAAUUUGUAUAUAGCUUCAAUGAUAAUGAUGGUGUACCCCGUUUUAUGGGGAAGUGAGCUAUUUAUAGUUGUCUCAAAAAUGAUUGUAGCCACGUGAAACUAUUUCAAACGUCUGUUUCCACGUCUUUGAGGUGUGCGAGUUAACCAAAUGUGUAGCUCUAAAAGGUCAUGCGUGAGCUGUGUCUCAAAUCACAUACUAGAGCAUACGAAUAUGAACAAAAUGUAAUACGGGUUUUUAAAAAAAAUGGAUAACGUUGUUUAUUUGUAGUGCGCAACAGUUUUCUUUUGCACUAAGCUAUCCCAUUGUGUAUCACAGAAGCACAAGGACUUGUAGCAGACAACAACAUGGCUACCAAUCACGGCUGUUUGUCUAUGGUGCAGCUUUUGCCUCUAUCUCAAAACUGCUAGAGGGACAUUCUGUAAUUCUAGGGGGACCCUUGACAAGCCUUUUCUUUUCCCCUCCUCCUAACUCACUUCAUCCUCGUGCUGAGAUUACAUAUAACUCUUGUUGAGUUGCUUUCCAAUAAACAGGGGCAUGGUCGGGAGUCCAAGUGAGCUUAAUUGGCCAUGGCAUACUAUCUCUCAGCUGUCAAUCAGCAACGCUAACAAAUCGUGGGCGCCUGUGUGCUCGUGUAUACGGAAAAGGGCAGAUAACGCUUUCCUCCGAGUGUGUUCCCCUGCCCUGUGAUGCAGCAGGAGCAGCAGUUUGAAAAGAUGCAGCAGUUUCACUUACGUCAGAAGAAGUAUGUAUUAUCUUUUGUCGUCUCUGGUUGAUAGAUGCCAUGUGACUAAGGAGAGCUAGCUAGUUGGUGGGAACUGGCAAAUGACGGAAAUGGGAAAAGAUGGAGUAAACCAAAGAAAAAGAAAAAUGGACAAAAGUUGGGAGGGGUGGGGGGUGAAGAUUUUCCAGGACAAAACAUUCAAGCACAAGCCUUAAAGAAAUAAGCUAGUCCGAUCCACUGCAUGUCAAUAUUGCAAAUCACCGUUUGUCUAGUAUAGUACAGUUGAGCUGACACGAUUAAGACAGAUCUAGAAACAAUUUUAAAUAUUAAAAUGAAAAACAAUGUUGGUCAAGUUACCUAGUUAACUUGAAUCUUUGACCUUUAAAUUAAGACACCGUUUAUGAGCCCACUUAAAAAGUAUGAUCUACAAGCUAAUCUUUUAGAUUACUACAAAGUAUAUACUGUAUACUAUUUGUGAUUUGAGACACAACUAUUGACCAAGUUCACUGGACACCACGGUUACACCAUUAGUGGAACUUUUGCUUAGUGAUUUACUAAGCAAACCAGUGCUGCCACGUCCUCAAAGGGCUGAAGACUCUGAACUGCUCGAGAGUACUGUGACCACGUGUGUAUUUAAAGCAGAUGUCUUACUAAAUAAAAGAUUUUAAAAGAUGAA